CGUUCUGAUAAUGCUUUCACUGCGACAUUCAAAAACACAACAACAGUACAAGUGUACAACUGAGCUUGAAGGCCAAAUCCCACCCCGCUUUCUCUCUCCAAACGCUAACCCUAAAUCCACCAUGACCUGAAUCUGAGCGUUCGUUUUCCCAACUCACGCUCCACCGUUCGAUCAUCAGAACAUCCAUAGCAGUCGUCCAGCCAAAUCUCAACAAACGAUGCCUUCGCAGGCCCAUCUGGACCGUCAGAUCGAGCACCUUAUGCAGUGCAAGCCUUUAUCAGAAGCGGAGGUGAAGACCUUAUGCGAGCAAGCUCGAGCGAUUCUGGUGGAGGAAUGGAACGUGCAACCCGUCAAGUGUCCAGUCACUGUCUGCGGCGACAUUCACGGACAGUUCCACGAUCUUGUUGAACUUUUUCGAAUCGGUGGCAACGCUCCUGACACUAAUUAUCUCUUCAUGGGCGACUAUGUGGAUCGUGGAUACUACUCAGUGGAGACUGUCAGCCUUUUAGUCGCACUGAAAGUUCGGUAUAGAGAUAGAAUAACAAUUCUAAGAGGAAACCACGAGAGUCGUCAGAUAACUCAAGUGUAUGGAUUUUAUGAUGAAUGCUUGAGAAAAUAUGGAAAUGCUAAUGUCUGGAAGCAUUUCACCGACCUCUUUGAUUAUUUGCCACUUACAGCUCUAAUCGAGAGUCAGGUAUUCUGCUUGCAUGGUGGACUUUCGCCAUCUUUGGAUACAUUAGAUAAUGUCCGUGCUCUGGACCGUAUACAGGAGGUUCCUCAUGAGGGCCCAAUGUGUGAUCUCUUGUGGUCUGAUCCGGAUGACCGGUGUGGAUGGGGAAUAUCUCCUCGUGGUGCUGGAUACACGUUUGGACAGGAUAUUGCUGCACAGUUCAACCAUACUAAUGGGCUCACUCUUGUUUCUAGGGCUCACCAGCUUGUUAUGGAAGGAUACAAUUGGUGCCAGGAGAAGAAUGUGGUGACCGUGUUCAGUGCACCAAAUUACUGCUACCGGUGUGGAAAUAUGGCUGCAAUUCUUGAAAUUGGGGAGAAUAUGGAGCAGAACUUUCUUCAAUUUGACCCAGCUCCUCGUCAGAUUGAACCAGAUAAUACACGCAGGACCCCAGACUAUUUUUUGUGAUGGCUCGAACUUAUAUUCAACGGGAAAGUUUUGACAUUUCCUGUUGUGUUUCUGUAGAUUUGUCAUGCAAAUUUGAGUUGUGUUUUUUAGUUGAGGGAGAGACAAAAGAAACCAUUGUUGUUGUCAUUCUUUUGGAUGGGGUUACUCUGCUUCUGGGUUCAUGUGAGUUUAUAGGUUUGAUUUGUAGAAGGUUCUUCAUUUGUAUUCUAAAAUGGAAAGAAAAUAGAGCUGGUGUUUUGCCUUGUGAAUUUA